AGGGGAGUGACCGUGAUGAUGGCGUCCCUCGGUAACACCGGCAGCGCCUCCAGCCCGAUGGUCAUGCUCGCCCCCAAAACCAAGACCAAAAAGAAACAUUUCGUGCAGCAGAAGGUCAAAGUGUUCCGGGCGAGCGACCCGAUGCUCAGCGUGUUCAUGUGGGGCGUUAAUCAUUCGAUAAAUGAUUUGAAUCAAGUUCCAGUGCCUGUCAUGCUGCUCCCUGACGACUUCAAGGCCAACACCAAAAUUAAAGUGAACAACCAUCUCUUCAACAAGGAGAAUCUUCCAGGCCAUUUUAAAUUUAAGGAGUACUGUCCGCAAGUCUUCAGGAAUCUCAGGGAGCGAUUCGGAAUUGAAGAUCUUGACUACCAGGUGUCCCUGGCCCGCAGUGCUCCCAUGAGAGGCGAUGGACAGGGGGAAGGUCUUCUCUUCACGUCCUAUGACCGUACACUGAUAGUAAAGCAGAUCUCCAGUGAAGAAGUAGCUGAUAUGCAUAACAUUCUCUCCGAGUAUCACCAGCAUAUCGUGAAGUGUCAUGGCAGUACACUCCUCCCUCAGUUUCUGGGCAUGUACCGGGUUACGGUGGAGAGUGAGGACACGUAUCUGAUCGUCAUGAGGAACAUGUUCAGCCACAGACUCAUUGUCCACAGGAAAUACGACCUAAAGGGCUCCCUGAUAGAUCGUGAGGCCAGUGACAAAGAGAAGGUAAAAGAACUGCCGACUUUUAAAGACAUGGAUUUCAGAAAUAACAUGCAGAAGGUGUACGUGACAGAAGAGCAGAAAGAGAAGAUUAUGGAGAAACUAAACCGAGAUGUAGAGUUCCUGGUGAAGCUGAAGAUAAUGGACUACAGCCUGUUGUUAGGCCUCCAUGACGUGGCACGUGGCGAGCGGGAGGAAGAGGAGGCCGAGGAGCCCAGCUGUGAAGAUGACACUGAUCCUGAAAACGGCCUUGCUCCGGCCGUGCAGGUGGGCUCGUACGGCACGUCGCCAGAGGGCAUCGCCGGUUACAUGAACUCCUUCAAACCCCUGGGACCUGGAGAAUUUGACCCUUACAUUGAUGUAUAUGCUGUCAAAAGCGCCCCAGGAGCGCCACAGAGGGAGGUGUAUUUCAUGGGCCUCAUUGACGUGUUGACGCAGUACGACACUAAGAAGAAAGCUGCACACGCUGCAAAGACCGUUAAACAUGGCGCUGGUGCUGAAAUAUCUACGGUUCAUCCAGAGCAGUAUGCCAAACGAUUCCGUGAAUUCAUCUCCAAUAUUUUUGCAUAACCACUUCUGGGUGUCUUUAGCAACACUUCAAGGUCACAUUUCACCCCAAAAUCAAAAGAAAAAAAAAAUAAUAUUUUGCAUAAAGAAAUUAGGUCUAUUUUUAGGACCGUUAAGUUAUUUUUCAUUGUGACAUUAUUUUUAUGACAAUAAACACAUAUGCCCCUGUUACUAUAAUAUGUCCAAAUGUAUUUUUUUUUUU